AUGUCCUCUGAAAUGCUUAGCAAAAGUGAAGUUAAGUAUGAGCAGAAUGAAAUGGAAGGCAGUCAAGAGAAACUUGCCUUGAAAGAUGAAGAUAGCAAAGACUUCUACAAAGUAAAUGAAGCCUACAAUGAGAAAGGCUUUCCUUUGCUUAGUAGACCCAUGAUCCCACUCCUUUUGACAUGUUCAGUGGUCUAUUUUGUUUCGACAAAUACAGGCUUCGAUGGGUCCUUGAUGUCCAGUAUCUACACUCAACAAGAUUACUUGGACAAAUUUAAUCUUAGCAUCAAUUCUUCCACUUCUACUGGUCUAGUCUUUUCCAUCUACAAUGUUGCCCAGAUAUGUGCAGCAUUCUUCUGUCCUCUAAUUGAUUUUUGGGGAAGAAAGAAGUUGAUUCUUAUUGGCUGUUGGGGUACAGUUCUUGGAGCUAUCAUCACUGCUUUUGCCCAGAACAAGGAAACUCUUAUUGCUGGAAGAUUUGUUCUUUCUUUUUUCACUACGCUUGCCAACACAUCGGCCUCUUUGUAUGUCACAGAAAUUGCCAACACGUACAACAGAUCAGUUGUUGCAGGUUGUUACAAUACUUUGUGGUACAUAGGGUCUGUGUUGGCGGCAUUUACUAGUUACGGUGCUAAUGUCAACCUUGGAGGGACUGAGUUAGCUUUCCGUUUACCUCUUGGAAUUCAAGCUGUUUUCCCUGGAUUGGUGGGAAUCUUUGGUUUCUUUAUUCCUGAAAGCCCCAGAUGGUUGGUUGGCGUUGGAAGAGAAAAGGAAGCCGAAGAAAUGAUUGCCAAGUACCAUUGCAAUGGAGAUUUCUCGCAUCCAUUACUAGAGCACGAAAUGGUUCAGAUUAAUGAAUCGUUUAGGGGCAAUAAGCUAGCUCAGUCUUUAAAGAUUUUGGACCUCCGCCCCAUAUUCCAAAAUAAUAACGCUUAUCGUUCUAUUCUUGUUAUCUUGAUGGCAUUCUUUGGUCAGUUCAGUGGAAAUAAUGUUUGCUCUUAUUACUUGCCCACUAUGCUCAGAAACAUAGGAAUGACAACUGUUAGCACCAAUGUCUUGAUGAAUGCCUUCUAUUCUUUGAUAUCUUGGUUCUCCUCUAUUGCUGGUUCAUUUGCACAUCAAAAAGUUGGCAGAAGAAAGAUGUUCAUGUUCUCCACGUUGGCUGCUUCAGCAUGUCUCACUGGAUUGGCAGUUGCAACUGCAAGAUAUCAGGCUACAAGUGCUUUUGCUGCUUCAACAACAGCUAUUGUUUUCAUAUAUCUCUUUGGGGUAAUGUUCUCAUUUGCGUUUACCCCUAUGCAACCUAUCUAUCCUGCUGAAAUAUCUUCUAACGUCUUGAGAUCUCGAUCCAUGAUAGUUCUCAAUAUAACUGCUGGCUGUGCCCAGUUCAUCAAUCAAUUUGCAGCUCCCGCCGCCAUGGAAAAUAUAAAAUACUGGUUCUAUGUAUUUUACGUCUUCUGGGACAUAUUUGAAUGUAUAAUUAUCUACUUCUUUUUCGUGGAAACUAAAGGAAAGUCCUUGGAAGAAAUCGAUGCAAUCUUUGAAGCCAGAAAUCCAAGAAAGGUUUCUGUGGGUGACUAUUCAGAUGAAGAUGGACCAAAAAUCAAUUGGUUAUAUAUGAGAUCAGUUGGGCAAUACGUUUCUAGAAGAAAGUCUGGAAUGAAUUGA